GACCGUUUCUUCUCUCUCCGGCUACGAACUCGGGCAAAGAAUCUUCUUUGCUUCCUCAAAUUCGUCUCUGUCGUCCGAAGUUUUCAAGUAAAUAUUGCGACUUUCUUCCGUUUCUCGACCCUUCCCUCCGAACCCAGCAAGCAAAAAAGAUGGAUUUCCAGAGGAGGCGGGUUCAACUUCUUUCUUUCAUCGUUGGGGUCAUCGCUCUCAGUAUUGCUGCCGAAAAAUGCAGGAUACUUGUGGGAGAAGACUCGUCAUCUCAAAGCGGCAAGUUUACAAUCUUCGACUGCUUCGACAUGAGCACAGGGACCCUAGCAUGCACGGUCAAGGAAGGUGUGAAGCUCUACGUCUACAACAUGAGAUCUUCACACGUAGAAAAGGCAAGGAAUUUGGCGAUCGAGCAGGCAAUACACGAUGCAAUGCAGCAAGGGAUAUCAGCAAAAGAUGUUGCUAAGCAAGCACAAAAGGAAGGCGCAAAGGCAGCUAAGUUGGCCACUAGAAAGGCCAAAAGGAUCGUAGGGCCUAUAAUUUCUUCGGGUUGGGACUUCUUCGAGGCGGUCUACUAUGGCGGGACCAUAACUGAAGGGUUCCUGAGGGGUACAGGGACCUUGUUUGGAGCGUAUGCUGGCGGGUUUUAUGGGGAGCAAGGGAUUGGAAGAGUUGGGUAUCUGGUUGGGAGUGAGUUGGGCAGUUGGAUUGGAGGGAGAAUUGGGUUGAUGGUGUAUGAUGUGGUGAAUGGAUUGCAUUACUUGGUCACUGCUGUUGAACCAUAGAUGGCCUGGCCAGACUGAGAAUCGCGAAAAGGAUGAUGCUGGUGAGUCAAUACUCGUAUGAAGAUCCACCUGCGUACGAAAGUAAUGUGGAUGCAAGUGAGGAAGGCUCCAGUGGUUAUGAAUCUCUCAUCUCCGAAUAUUCUGAAUCGGAAUCUUAUGGCUCACCCUCGUGUUUCUGGUGAUAAUACAAAGUAUAAUGGUAGAUCAUGGCUUGUGAAACCUGUUGUUCAGAGACUGACCUAUACGAGAAAUGUUUUUUGUAAAUAGAUGUAAGGUUUGGAUAUACUUGUGUUAGUGGAAGUGGUAGUUUACUUGAUUUGAGUAUUGGAUAGGCAGAGGCUGCUCCAGUCAGAAGCUUGCACAAGGUUCUUGUAGCGCAGCAAUGUAUGGACAGAUUCUAUACCAGAAAACUUCACUGUUGUGGAUCAAUGGUCUCAGACGUUCAUUUUAAGGACAUCUGGACAUGUAUAUGUUUGAAUUUAGUAAAAAAAAUUUAUCCAUG